UACAAAUUGGACUAAGAGGUCUAAAACUAUGAACUUGUGUUGUCUAAUAUUCAAAAAAAAUUAAAAUAAAAGUAUAUAUACCUAAUUGAGAUGGAUAAGUUUCAAUAACCUUGGGUGAGAUGUCAUCAGGCCACAAUUGAGCCUUUGGGCUUUCGCCUCUGGCUGUACCAUGGCAGUGGCAGUAAUGCCUAUUAAUCAUAGAAUAUGAAGAGAAAUAGGCAUACAGUUGAAUAUUAGGACUGUAAUUGGAUGACUACCUUAAUUUAUUUUUCCAUUCGUUAUGUUGGAAACUAUGGAUUUGCCGUGCGUGUUGAAUGGAGUUGUUUUUCCAAACAAUGAUUUGCAAAGAUUCCUAGUGUUUGCAUUUCCACUCUUUCCUAUUUUGUCUUUUUUGCCUUUUUCUUAGUGCCUUGAUGAGUAAUCAAGUUAGUGCCAUGAAUUUAUAGUUAUUCAAUAUACUAUUUUUUCCCUUCAACUAUGAUAGUAAAUUUGUUAUAUUAUACCGCGGAAUCAGAAAAAUUGGGUGCUAUCGUAUAGCUUCGUAUUGGCUAAGUUCAUGAAUUGGAGAUGAGCGGACUUGAACCGCUGACAUCCGCCGCAGGGUAGUUACUUGGAAAAACAUUCCAUCUCAUAUCUAUUUGAAUUUUCAACGAUGAAUUUGAUUUAUGUGUUACUGUUUCAGUCGGGUAAUUUUCUAAUCAGAAAAUGUUAUCUAGUUUGUUGAUAGAGAUCACGUGCUUCAAUUUACCAUAAAAGAGUCUUCAAUAGUUAUAGGAUGCUAAACACAUCCACAAAAGACCUUGAUCAAACAACCGCUGAUUCACUGGCGAGCUUUUUUGGCACUCGUUCAUCUCUGUGUCGCUCCACCAGACAGCAACAGUAUGCUCCUUUCAAGGAGACGAAAUCUGCUGAGGAACAUUAUUUCGAUGUGAAGCAGUCAGAGUCUCAAUUUCAUAAACAGGAUUCCUUCUCUACUCUGUCUAUUGGUCAAUCUCAUUAUGAAGCUUCUGCUGUGGAAAGAGCCAAGUCUUACAUGCAAAAUAUUGCAUGUCAGUCAGAUUGCCAUGAAAAUCACAAGAUGAAAGGGGAGGAUUUCAUCAAUCCAUCUCUGCUGUAUGGAAAUGCAGAUAACAUCGCUCAUCAAGUUCAAUCGGAUCAAAAUCAGUCAAUGGCUCACAUAUCCUUUCCUUUGUCUGAAUCUUACUUCGGCCAGCUCGUGGUUGCUUAUAGCCCAAAUGCUGUUCAAUAUCCUCAGAUGGUGGGGAUCACAUCUGCGAGAGUUGCUCUUCCUCUUGAUUGUACGGAAGGCAUGCCCAUUUAUGUCAACGCAAAACAACACCGUGCCAUCCUUAGGCGUCGACAAAUCCGAGCCAAGCUUGAGGCUCAGAAUAAGCUGGCCAAAUCAAGAAAGGUAAUUGUAACUUUUUGAUGUUCAUUUCAUAAAAUUUA